UCCAGAAAGUGAAACCAGAAAGUUGUGGGGUGGCUUUUUAAGUUUUCACAGGACAUCUUUGGCUAAGGGAACGAGUGACGCCAAAAAAUAAAAAACAAAUAAAAUUCACAACUACAACUUAAGUUGAGAAUUUCUCGCUCUUUAAAGGGAAGACACAUCUUUUCGCUUCUGCCAGGUAAAGUCCAGUGAGCCGAGCACCAGGCCUGUGCUGGUGGGAGAGGGUCUGUGAUGGACAGGCUAACGCUGUCCCGCAUAGAUGAGGAGCUGGACUCCUCUGAGGUGGCCGCUCUCUGCUUCUUGUGUCGUGAUGUUGUCAACAGGAAACGCCUGGAGAAGAUCGAGGAUGCAAAGGGGCUGUUUUUGAGACUAGAAGAAAAAGGUCUGCUGGAGAACCACUUGUUCCUUUCAGAGCUGCUCCGAACUAUCCGUCGAGCAGAUCUCCUCAACCUCCUGGAGACAGACAGCAGGCGACCAGAAGAAACCGAUUCAAAUCCCAUGCUGUCAGAUUACAGGGUGCUGCUGUACCAGGUAUAUGAGGACCUCACUAAGGAGAAUCUGAACAAGAUGAAGUUCUUGUUAAUCGACAAGCUGAACAGAAGACAAAUUGAGGCUUGCAAUACAGCACUGGAUGUAUUUGUAGAAAUGGAAAGGACUGGUUCUCUAUCAAAUACAAAACUUGAUGUGCUACAUGAUCUACUACUGAAACUGGACCAACAGCUGGCAUCAACUGUACAAGACUACAGGCGCAGACUAACCCAAAUGCCUCAACCUACACCACAACCUCACGUUAGCAUGGAUCACCAGAAUAUCAACAACACCCCUCAGCCGAAACAUGCUUCUCUAUCCGUAUCUGAGAGUGAGCCAAGUGAUGUAGGACAGAACGUUUACUCCGAUGCAGAAUCAGUCACCGUUAUCUCCUCUCUUUAUGAUCAGACAGAGUACUAUGCCCUGAGUCAUAACCCUCGUGGUAUGUGUGUGGUCAUUAACAAUGAGAAGUUCCUGGGAAAAGAGCUGAAAAAUAGAGCAGGAACCCAGCAGGAUGAGUGCGCACUGCGCAACCUGUUCACCCGCCUUGGCUUUACUAUGGUGGUGCACAACAACUUGACUGCAGACGACAUGCGACAUGUACUAAGAGAGCUUGGCACACGGAAUUUUCGGGAUCACGAUGCUUUGGUGGUAUGCGUGCUUUCCCAUGGAGAAAACGGAUGUGUGUUUGGUACUGAUGAGGAGCAGGUGUCCUUGCGAGAGCUGACUCAGCCCUUCACGAGCGGACGAGCUCCCACCUUGGUGGGGAAGCCCAAACUGUUCUUCAUCCAAGCGUGUCAGGGAAGCGGUUACCAGAGGGGAUCCAUGCCGUACCCAAGUGCAAGUCAGGAGAAGGAUGGCAAUGGGAGUCGCCUGGAGGAAGAUGCAGGUCGUGUGUAUGCCGAGACAGUGCCUUCUGAUGCUGACUUCCUGCUGGGCAUGGCCACUGUGCCAGAGUACAAGUCAUUUCGGAACACAUCCACAGGCUCCAUCUACAUCCAGGAGCUGUGCAUACAGCUGACAAAGGCAGCAGAAAGCCCGGAGGAGGAUGACAUACUCAGCGUCCUGACACGUGUGAACAGGGAGGUCAGCAAAGGAGAAUUUUUACGCUACAAACAAAUGCCAGAGCCUAAAUACACGCUCACUAAGAAGCUCGUCCUCAAAUUUGUGUGAGCUGAUGGGGACAGACUGCAGUGCUGGAAAUGUGCCAAACUCCCUUGCUUACUUUGUGUAUGACUGUGGUGUGUGUGUGUGUGUGUGUUUUAAUCUCUAUAUCUGAUACAGCUGGUUGGAUGAAUUACUUCAAGAAGUUGGUGUCUCUUAAUCUUGAGGGCAAAACAACAUCAUGGGAAAUAAAAUGUUGGAGGAGCCACUUAGAGCAAAUGUCCGUUUGAGUUGUUUACAAUUGUUGUGGAAAAAUAAAUAAGACAUAAUUUGGGAAGUUUCA